CAGCGAGGCAGCAGUGAAUGACAUCAGGUAUCGGAUAAACCUCGCUUCCGGGCAAGCUCCCAGUGCCUGGUGUCCCGCAGUCUGUCGCCGUUGCGGUCCAGAGACGCGGCAGCUCACUGCCUGUUGUUACUGGCGGAUUGGAGAGCUUCACCUGCGUUUGGGCAAAUACCAAAGCUGCAUCUCGACUUCAUCACGCCCAGCCUUUGCGACCGCGACACCUUCUCACAGAUACAGAUUCCUCACUGAUCAUGGCGGACCGUUACUCUUUCUCUCUGACCACUUUCUCCCCUAGUGGAAAGCUGGUACAGAUUGAAUAUGCGCUCAAUGCUGUCAACCAAGGCAUCACUGCCCUCGGCAUCAAGGCUACCAACGGCAUCGUCCUUGCGACUGAGAAGAAGUCGUCUUCGCCCCUCGCAGAUCAGAGCUCUCUUUCGAAAAUCAGCAACAUAACGCCCGACAUCGGCAUGGUGUAUUCUGGCAUGGGUCCCGACUACCGAGUAUUAGUCGACAAGGCACGCAAGGUGUCUCACACGGGCUACAAGCGAAUCUACAACGAAUACCCCCCGACUCGUAUAUUGGUGCAGGAUGUCGCUCGCGUCAUGCAGGAGGCUACCCAGUCUGCCGGUGUCCGCCCUUACGGUGUCAGCUUGCUCGUUGCCGGGUGGGACGAGGGCAUCGAGCCUGACGUAGAGGCAGAGGUUGAAGACAAGAUGGAUACCGAAGGCGAGAAGAAGAAGACCACAAAGACGGGUGGGAUUCACAAGGGCGGGCCUAUGCUGUACCAAGUAGACCCAUCUGGCAGCUACUAUCCGUGGAAGGCGACCGCCAUCGGGAAGAGCGCGACCAAGGCCAAGACUUUCUUGGAGAAGCGGUACUCAGAGGAGCUCGAGCUGGAGGACGCCAUUCACAUCGCCUUGUUGACGCUCAAAGACAACAUUGAGGGCGAGAUGAACGGAGACUCGAUUGAGAUCGGCAUUGUCGGCGCACCUGCGGAUCAUCUGCUUGGAGUGGCUGGAGUAGAAGGAGCCCAGGGCCCGCGGUUCCGAAAGCUAACACCUCAGGAAAUUGAGGAUUACUUGACGAGUCUAUGAUACGUUUGACGACACAGCGCAUUGGGAAAUACAUGGCAAUGUAAAAUAGAAAGAGUUGCAGUAGCUCAACAGAGCGUGCGUUGCAAUCACUCUACGGAUCAAUCGUCCCCUCUUCAGUUAGGAGAAAUGAUGAUCGAGCGCCAGCAAAAACGCCAACUACACGCUCAUUCUCACGAAGAGGAAUAUCCAGCUUUGUCCAUGACGAAACAUGGUCUGUGGCAGCUUGUCCCAAACCGAGUUGGCCAUUACGGUUGCCGCCCAAAACGAACACCUCGCCUUCGGUC